CUUUUAUAUGUGGCGUCAACGGUAGGGUCAGAUUCGCCGCUAACAUGGCAGUCGAUUAAAGAAAAAGCAAAUGAUAUAUGGAUCAAAAUAUGCGAAAAGGAUGGCGAUUUUAAAGAACAGGACUUUACUGCUAAUAUGGGGUGGGUGGCACGGUUUAUAAAAAGAAACAACAUUCAAAUUGCAUUGCCUAACGGCUCAACCGCCACCACUUCGCUGGAAGGAAACAACUGCACAAGGGCAUUGAUAUCGCAAGCCAAAAAAUGUGAAGUUAAAAAUCGUGUUACACCACCGCAAAAUAUCGGCGAGAUUUCGCAGCAAAAUUGUGAAAAAGUGUCUUCAAAACGGAGGCGAAAAAAUUUUACACCGAGAAAAAUGGUAGAGAAGAGUUGCAUUAUCACUAACAAUAUUCUACUGGAAUCACUUGCGGAUAAAACAAUCGAGUCUACCGUUGACCAGGAAGACGUUGGCGGUGUCGGGUCAAAAUCGACCGGGAAAGAAGACGACGACGAAAAUAUUGAUGUCUGUUUUUGA